GAGGACACAUUCUUGAGAUGUUUCUGAUCAUGUGUGCUGGUGCAUUAAAUUCUUGCAGCUCUACACGCUGGAUAAAAUGUUUAUUUUAUUUUUGCCAGGCGCCUUAUACGUUCGGAGCCGAAUGACAGCAGCAGCAGGUGAUGUUUAGGCUCCGCGAUCCGAUCCAACGGGAGAUUGCUGGGUUUUAUAUAUAUAUCGUGGUGUAAUUAUUGUCCAUCGGCGGUGUAUACUCUGUUUUGUAGCAGGAGCGACUCGCAUGUCCGUCACUCAAUCACCGGGCUCAUCGUAACCACGUCCAAAUAAUUUAAGCCCGGUCUUAAUUCGUGGAUGUGGAUUGAGCUGAAUGUUUUAUAAGAAUGGGAAUGAGUUGAGUUGAAGAGAACGACCGACGGAUUAGUUGCUUCCUGCUGUCCGUGCUAGCAAGACAAAUGUUUCUUUGCUGCUUCUACAUGUGCACCCAGUCAUUUAUUUAAAAUAUUUUAAAUAUGUCGAAUUGACUAAUGGAGCCGGUCGUCCAGUUACUGUGCAAAGUAAAAUGAUAAACUGCUGCGAGAUUAUUACUCCAGAGGACGUUGAUUGUGAGCACAUCCGAUUGAUUGAAGACCACGUGGGAAUCCUGCCCGGAGAGACCGCCAACGUUACUCUGAUCUGGCCGACUCCGUAUCUCCACGACCGCAGAGGUGAGUGCGAGAUCGGUAUCACGUACAACAGUACCGAUGGAACUACAAAUCUGCUGAGGGAAAAAAUUCCAUUCGACACAUAUGUCUCCAACCACAGUGUUCCCGAUAUCCUGCGAGGAUAUUAUGAAACGAGUGAAGUAAAAAGAUGCGCGAGUGUCGAUGAAGACUCUCUGGAAUCCUGUCAACCAGUAAACUGUUUCGUCAAGUACGGCGGGAAACGUAAUUUUUACAACCAAAAAUUACGAAAAUGCGAGCCGGCGUUUCUGUGGAUCUCGGACUCGACUCAAAGUGCUGAUGCGAAUAUCAUUUGCCAUAAUGGACGUCGUGACAACGUCACAGGAACGUGUGUAUGCAAAGAAGGAUGGAGGUCUCAAAGAAUUGACAGCUUGAAAUCAACUGCGGAUUCGAUUCAUAUGUGCAAUUUCAGAGUGUCACCAUUCCCACGUGCAGCGAGCGGCAGCAAUGCUACGACAAGUCUCGUCAUCCUUACGGUAAUUAUACUGAGCUUGUUGAUCUUCUUCUUGUGUUGCGCAAUGACAGUACUGACACAAAAUCUGCCUCCACCUGGUGCAAGAAUCGAGUACCGGUCCAUUUUACAGCAGACAUCAGGCCCAUCUUCAAUUGAUGGCUCGCUUGAACGUCUCAUACCCAUCAGCUCUAGAAUGGAUGAGCGUAAACGAAUGUACGAUAACUUUGACGGCUCGUACACUCGUCUUACUUAUUAACAAAAAUUAUUUAUUGAUAAAUAAUUAAAAAUAUAAAAUUUAUAGUCCGUAUUUAAAUAAAUUUAUCUUGUUAAAAAUUUACGGUUGUAAUUUGAAUAAAAA